GAGGAGAAUUUGAGGUAACCCCGCCAACUCGCGGUCGGAAACACCGCGAACCCCGAGUCCCCUCGCAGUGCGCCCGCUCCCGGCAGGCGGCGGCACCAGGGCCUGCUCGGGGGUUGGUCGGUCGGUCGCGCGGGGCCUGGUGGGCGCGGGGUCCCCGGUCCCCUCGGCCCUGGGGCUCGCAGGAGGCCGUGGGCCUGCGCGCGCUGCCCCGACCGUGCCGGAUGAAAGGCGCGUCCUGGUUUUAAUUCCUGCCCCGGCCCCCUGGGUGCUGCCGCGGUUUUAAGCUACAAGACUUAAUCAUGAGUGACCAAAUCAAAUUCAUCGUGGACAGCCUCAAUAAGGAGCCUUUCAAGAAGAACUAUAAUUUAAUCACAUUUGAUUCCUUGGGACCAAUGCAGCUAUUACAAGUUCUCAAUGAUGUUCUGGCUGAGAUCGACCCCAAGCAAGAUGUUGAUAUCAGAGAGGAGAUGCCAGAGCAGACAGCCAAACGGAUGUUGAACCUUCUUGGUAUCCUUAAAUACAAACCUCCGGGAAAUGCCACAGACAUGAGUACCUUUCGUCAGGGUCUGGUGAUUGGAAGUAAGCCUGUGAUUUACCCAGUGCUCCACUGGCUUCUUCAGAGGGGUAAUGAACUAAAGAAAAGAGCAUAUUUAGCUCGUUUUUUAAUAAAACUGGAGGUGCCGAGUGAGUUUCUUCAAGAUGAAACUGUGGCUGACACCAAUAAACAGUAUGAAGAGCUGAUGGAAGCCUUUAAAACUCUGCAUAAAGAAUGUGAGCAGCUCAAAACAUCUGGAUUUUCUACAGCAGAAAUAAGAAGGGAUAUCAGCGCAAUGGAGGAGGAAAAAGACCAGCUCAUGAAGAGAGUUGAGCGUUUGAAAAAGAGGGUGGAGACUGUUCAGAAUCAUCAGCGAAUGCUUAAAAUAGCAAGACAGCUUCGAGUUGAGAAAGAGAGAGAAGAAUUUCUUGCACAACAGAAACAGGAACAAAAGAAUCAGCUAUUUCACGCAGUGCAGAGAUUGCAAAGAGUGCAAAACCAGCUAAAAAGUAUGCGGCAUGCUGCAGCGGAUGCAAAGCCUGAAAGUUUAAUGAAGAGGCUAGAGGAGGAGAUAAAAUUUAAUUCAUAUAUGGUCACCGAAAAGUUUCCAAAAGAAUUAGAAAACAAGAAAAAGGAAUUACAUUUUUUACAAAAAGUGGUUUCUGAGCCAGCUAUGGGCCACUCUGACCUUCUUGAACUUGAGUCUAAAGUCACUGAAAUAAACACAGAGAUCAAUCAGUUGAUUGAAAAGAAAAUGAUGAGAAACGAGCCAAUUGAAGGGAAGCUCUCACUGUAUAGGCAACAGGCAUCCAUCAUCUCUCGUAAAAAAGAAGCCAAAGCCGAGGAACUUCAGGAGACCAAGGAGAAGCUAGCCAGCCUGGAGAGAGAAGUGUCAGUCAAGACAAACCAGACCCGGGAAUUCGAUGGCGCUGAGGUUUUGAAGGGAGAUGAGUUCAAGCGCUACGUCAGUAAACUUCGAAGCAAGAGUACAGUUUUCAAAAAGAAGCAUCAGAUAAUAGCUGAGUUUAAGGCUGAAUUCGGCCUCUUGCAGAGGACAGAAGAACUUCUGAAGCAACGUCAGGAGACCAUCCAGCAUCAACUGCGAACUAUUGAAGAGAAGAAGGGUAUAUCUGGAUACAGUUACACCCAAGAAGAGCUGGAAAGAGUGUCAGCCCUGAAGAGUGAGGUUGAUGAGAUGAAAGGCCGAACCCUGGACGAUAUGUCUGAAAUGGUAAAAAAACUGAAUUCCCUGGUAUCGGAAAAGAAGUCAGCUCUAGCUCCAGUUAUAAAAGAACUACGACAGUUGCGUCAGAAAUGUCAAGAACUAACCCAGGAGUGUGAUGAAAAGAAAGCCCAGUAUGAUAGCUGUGCGGCAGGACUUGAAAGCAAUCGGUCCAAAUUAGAGCAGGAAGUGCGGGGACUCCGUGAAGAAUGUCUUCAAGAAGAAAGUAAAUACCAUUAUACAAACUGUAUGAUUAAGAACCUAGAAGUUCAGCUUCGUCGAGCUACUGAUGAGAUGAAGGCUUAUGUCUCUUCUGAUCAACAAGAAAAAAGAAAAGCAAUCAGGGAACAGUAUACCAAAAAUAUUACUGAACAAGAAAACCUUGGUAAGAAACUCCGGGAAAAACAAAAAGCUGUACGAGAAAGUCAUGGCCCAAAUAUGAAGCAAGCAAAGAUGUGGCGUGAUCUUGAGCAACUAAUGGAAUGUAAAAAACAGUGCUUUCUAAAGCAACAAAACCAAAUCUCCAUCGGUCAGGUAAUUCAGGAGGGCGGAGAGGACCGGCUGGUGCUCUGAGCCCUGUCUGGGCUUCAGUUGCCGCUGGCUGUGUGCAUCGCCAGCGUGCUUCCUGCUCAGAAGUGACUUUUCCACCCUUUGCUUUCAGACUAGCCAGCCCUUCUAAAGUGGUCUUGGAAAAUGAAGUGAAGGCAGAUCAGGUUUUAAAGGGCUUUUUAACGUGAAGAAGAGGCUUUCGUUGUUUGUUUAGCUUAGGCGUCGAGUGGUGUGUCUCCUGAGUUUUAUGGGAAAGGACUAAGCUUGCUCUCUGUAAUGUAAGCACAUGUCCAUUAAGAACUGUGUGGUUUUAAAGUUGUAGUGACCCAUAGAUGAAUGUUUCUCUCAGUCUUUUUCUGACUUUAGAGGGCUCUUUCAGGAACUAGUGUCUCUUGUUUUGAAGAAACGUUUGUCUGAAGUCAGCAGUCUCUACAGUUUCACUUCAGUUUCUUUCUCUUCUAUAAAAUGCAAACCAGUUUAAUAUUUUGAAAAGCUUUUGUGCUGUUCACAUGAUUUAAAAGCAAAUAAAGCUUGAUACAUGU